AGAACACAGGACCCUAGCUAAACCCUCGCUCCUUCUUGCCUUCUGAAGAGACCGAGAACAAGGAAAGGAGAGAUCAUGGCGUGCCGGCGAUGCCUGGCUUCCCUCACUCGCCAUUUCCGAUCUCGCCUCCUCUGGAACGCCGCCUUGGAGAACACCCAAACCCUAAUAUUUCGAGCUCGAGGUCCUCGCUUGAACUCCUUCGAUUCUCCCGCCGGAUUCGGAUGCAUCAAUUCCCUUCAAUUCAAUAUCACGCGCCACUUGAAUUCUCGGCCGACGAAUCCUUCCGACGAGGAGGAGGACGAGGAAGAAGGGGGUCAGAGCUGCGAGGAAGAGGGUGGCGAGGCUCCGGCUUCGAAAUGUAUGGUUCAGAGAGGUAAAUCGGAGGAAGAGAAGAUAAAAGAAGCGGCUGAGAUCGGAUACAAGGUGAUUGGGCCGCUGGAUCCGUCGGAAAACCCAUUCAAACCAUAUGAACCGGCUUUUGCUGUUGUUCAGAUUGGUUCUCAUCAGUUCAAAGUCAGCAAUGGGGAUUCCAUUUUUACUGAAAGAUUGAAAUUUUGCGAGGUUAAUGGCAAGCUAAUUUUGAACAGGGUUCUGAUGCUGGGAUCAAAAACUCAGACAAUCAUCGGUAGGCCAGUGUUACCUGAUGCAGCUGUGCAUGCUGUUGUUGAAGAGCAUGCUUUAGAUGCAAAAGUAAUCAUAUUCAAGAAAAAGAGAAGAAAAAACUAUCGUCGAACCAAGGGCCAUCGCCAGGAGUUGACUAAGCUAAGAAUUACUGACAUCCAAGGAAUAGAUAAGUCAGAUAACCUCGCAACCAAUGCUUAGCAUGGAUAUCAUUGAUCAGCAAAUGGACAGUGUUGCAGCACUUGCUUGGGUCACUAAAUCUUCCCUGGCAUGCUUACCCAACAAUUUAGAGAGCACAUCCCUCUGGCAUUGCAAGUGCUGCACGAGAGCAUUUUGGGGAAAUGGGUAAUGACUUGCGCAGUCAUUCAUGUAACUGAAUUAAAAUCUUAUGGCAUAUCCUUGGAAGAAGAAUGAUUUUUGCUCCAGUGGAACCAGAAAGAUUUGUAUUCCAGAAAUGCCAAUUUGGAAACUGAAUGUUUCUCUAUGUUCUGUUUUUUUUCUUUGAGGGUCCAAACAGCCUCUCAGUUCAGAUUCAA